UCAAUUCGGUAAUAGCGCUCGUCUUUCAAUGUGCAUUAUAUUAUUAUGCGCGAUUAUUUAAUAUUUUUAUUUUGCAAAUUUAUAAUAUUUUGAAACGAAAAAAUUGUUAAUGUAUAAAUGUUUUCUCAACAUAAUUGCAAGAUGCCUUAUGCUAUGAUACGACAUUUGCGUCGAUCAGUAUUUUUUUCAAAACAACUUCGAAAAGAAAGCACCAUGACCAACCUAACUCUUGAGGAAUAUGAUUUUCAGCCACCUUUCACUCAAUGGAGUAAAGUUAUAAAAGAAGCUGAAAAAAUAGUGGGCUAUCCUACCUCUUUUAUGAAUUUGAGAUGGCUGUUAAGUGAUGAAUUUGCCAAUUUGGCUUUACAUCUUCGGAAAAUUGUUGGAAGCAAUCACCCAAUAAUGAAAACAGCCAAAUCCGUUUUAUACAAUGAACACAACAACUUGCAACCUUGGGGACUUAUAAUUUUAUUACUGUCUAAAGCAGUUUCAUCAACAUCUCUAGACUCAAAUACUGUCGCAGAGCAACAAAGGAUGCUGGCUGAACUGACUGAAAUGAUUAGAACCGGACAUUAUAUUCACAGAGGUUUAUUAAACAUUCCUCAGAAGGAAAGAGAAAAUGCCUCAGAGUCAUUAUUUGCAAACAAGAUUGCUAUACUGAUUGGUGAUUAUUUAUUGGUGACAGCAAAUGGUAUGCUUGCAAGGUUAAAAAACCAGGAUUUAUCCUACUUAAUAUCAACUGCUCUGAGAGACUUGAGUGAGGGGGAAUUUUUUGGUCCAAGAGACGAACAAAAUAUGCCAUUGCCUAGUAAACCAAAUAGACUAGAUGUGGAUGACUUCAGAAUAAGUUGUGAAACAUUACCUUUGGCUACUAAAGAUGUAUUAGGUUCUCCUGUGAAAGAAUGGACCUUACGGACAUUGUACAGUGGUGGGACUUUGUUUGGUAGAGCAUGUGAAGGUGCAGUAUAUUUAGCUGGUAAAAGUGUUGAGAAACAAAAGGAGGCAUUUUUGUUUGGCUGCCAUCUUUGUCUGUCAUGGCAAGCGGCUAGUGAUUUGAAAAAGUUUAGUGUUAAUAACAAUAAACCAUAUUCCUUAGUUAGUGCUCCUGUACUAUUUGGUAUUGACCAUUCACCACAGUUAUUUGAUAGAUUACAAAAUAUUAGAAAUAUAAAUCAAAUAAACUUUACACAAUUGAGAGAGGAUAUUCUUAAAACAGAUGCCAUUGAUCAUACAAAAUCGUUAUGUACAGAACAUGCAGACAAGGCUAGGAAUUAUGUUGAAUUAUUUGGUAACAAUGAAUCGAUACAAACAAUUAAAAGAUUAAUACGGAGUUGAUAAUAUAGGUCACUCAUUGUUAUUUGUUUCUUAUUUUUAAUUUAUAAAAGAUUUCUUAAUGAGUGUUGUAGCAGGAUUAUAUACGACAAAGUAAUUUAUGAGAACGGUUAUUGUGUGAUGUUGAUCAAUGAGGUUAUUAUGACUGAGUGAAAAUUUUAGUAGGCAAUAUAAAAUUGUGAAAUUCAUUGGGUGAAAAAAAACAUGAAGUCGUAGCAGUUCUUAAAACAAAAGGUACUGAAGAAUACUUAUGAAAAUAGCUUAUAAAGAUGAAAUACUCUUUGAAUUUUGUUUCAUAAAUACUUGAUAACUUAAAACGUGAGAUGUCAUGCACACAGUUGAAUUGUGAUAAUAGUUUAUACAAAUAGUAUAUUAUAUGUUAUAAUAAUUAUCAUGUCGCUGAUGUCAAUUUUCAAACAUAUAUUUGGUUAGAUAAGAUACUUUAGAGCGUUGUUAUUCAAAUGUUUUGAGUUUUCUUUGAGUGUUAAUUCCUCCAAUUUUAGAGCAUUGUUAAUAAAAAUUAUCAAUAUAAUAUGUUUUUAUGCAAAUAAUAUUUGUGUAUUAUGAAAUGUUUUCAUACUUAUUGUUAUUUUAUAAUUAUUUGAGUAUAACCCUUGACAAUUUAUAUCAUUGAACAAUAAUAAAUGGAAAAGACUAGACUAAUUAUCAAGUAUAUUCAAAACAAAUCAUAAACUAUCUAAAAUAGGUUUAACAAGUCAAUGGUGCUAUUAUGUUUAUGACAAUAAAACUAUGAGGCAUCAUACUUAAUAUUCCUAUAUCCUUUUAAUGAUAGUUUUAAAAAAUAAGGGUAAUAAUUUAUUUAUACAAUUUUUGUAUUAGUAAUUUUUUUUAUUGUUGUUUUUAUUUUUUAUUUAGAACCUUUUUAACGAAUUUUUUAAUGAGUCAUGUUCUAUUUUUAAGCUUAGAUAAUUUAUAUGACUAGAACUGUAGGUAGUCUCUUGCUGUUAGAUAACCGAUAAAAACAGGCCAUGUUUAAUACUUUAGUGUGCAUGACAAGCUAUGUCUUACAUUAGCAAUUUGUAUGACACUUUGUGUUAGUGUGUGUACAUUGAGCAAAAUACAGGUUAACACUAAACUCAAUUUUUUUUUCCAUGUUAUCAUAGCUGUCAGUCUAUCUACACAUAUACAUAAUCUAAGUUUUAAAGUUAUUUUCUUAAAAUUAAAACAUGAGUAGGGUAGUACCAUGAAUGUAUGUAAUAAAACU